GCCCGGCGCCGCCUUCCCCCCUCCCCUCUGGCCAUGCCCUCGUGCGCACGCGCGGGCUCCCCCGCGGAGCGCCCACGGCUCCGGCGUUCGUUGGUUAGUUAGUCCUCGUGUUCGCCCCCCUUUCGCGUAUGUUUCGGCUUAAGCUUCGGACCUCCCCCCACAGCACCUCGGGCAGACAGUCCGAAGGAGCCUCGCCCCGUGCCCUUUUCCUCUUUUGCGGCUAUGAUCGGCGGAGUGCUCGACACGGUGCGCAGCGUGCUCGGCAUGGCGCCCGCCUCCUACCACGUGGUCGAGGGCCCAGAGCAGGGCAAGCAAUUCGUCUGGGACCACGGGCGCCUCGGCAACGCGGUGGACUCGGAGUUCGUGCCCGAGGGCGAGCGGAGAGCGGGGACGAGCUCGAGGCGCUGGCGGUGCCGCCCAUGGAGCUCACCGCCACGGUCCCCGAGAAGCACGAGGAGGGCGAGAAAGUGACGAUCGCGGGGCCCCACGGCCCCAUGGAGGUGGUGCCACCCAAAGGCUCGAAGCCCGGGGCGCCGUUCACCUACCGCCUCACCCCGAUGUUCGAGUUCCGUGUCGAGGUGCCCCCCGGGGCGAAGCCGGGCUUGCAGAUCGAGUGCACGCGCAGGGACGGCGUCAGGGUGGCGAUCGGCGUGCCCCCGAACCUGAAGCCGGGGGACUUCUUCGAGGUGCUCCCUCCGGCCCUCAUCGUGAGGGUCCCCGACGACGCCAAGGCUGGGGACCUCGUUGUCUUCCGCCCGGUCGUCGCCCCGGGCGAGCAGCUGCCCCCCCACAUCGCGCGCAGCUGGAUCCGCACCCGCGUGCCCGAGGGCCUGGAGCCGAAGCAGUACUUCCCCGCGCGCCUGCCGGUGCCGACCGCCGCGCCCGCGGGCGAGGCCGAGGGGGCGGGCGCCCUCGGCUCCGUGCGCAAGCUCUUCGUGCCCUCGGGCGGCAGGUCCGCCCCGGGGUCGGAGGCCGAGGCCAAGGAGCCGGGCUCCUCGGCGGACAAGGAGGGCACCGCGCCGCUGCUCGGGAAGGAGGAGAUGAGCGUCGGCGCGUGAGAGGGGGGCCCCCAUGGAGUUCCCCCCCGCGCGCGCGGGAGGAGGAGGGCGCGGACGCGGAUUCCUUUCGGGGAUCAGCUGUUAAAUUUGGAACGAUACGGAGAAGAUUCAUAUCGACACAGCGGGGGGGGGACAGCACUCAGCGCGCCCGCCGCCCCAAAGCAGGGCGGUCUGGGCCGCGCACGCCCCAAGGGCACGGAGCUCUUUCCGCCGCCGGCGCGCGGCCGGAGCCCACGGCCCGCGGCGCGGGUGCAGUCGUGCAGCGCACGGAGUGCGGUGUGCAUGCGCACUGUCCGGAGAGGAGCAAGCGACGUGACGUUUAUGUUGGUGCCGCUUCUUCUUUCUCCAACUGCGCCGCAGCUCCGCGCACUGCGCGGAGCCCACGGCCUCCGCGGCUUCGGGAUAAUUCGCGAUUAGCGUUUCUGGGCUGCCGAGCGCCCUCGGGGGCGGCCUCUGCCGAGCUCCCCGGGGCGGGCACGCUCGCGCAUGCGGUUGGCCGCUUCGGCCGGAGGCAGAAACACAGUCGCAGGUAUUCGCAGCGCCUGUUUGGAGACAAC